AUGGAGCAAAUAUUUAAGGAAUUAUCUGAAAAAUAUCAAUACUUUCAUAAUAAUGCGUUGACUGGGAUCGAUCAUAAUAACAUUAAUUUGAAUUUUGAUCAAGAUGCUUGUUACGAGUUUUUUUUGGAUUUGGUCAAUGGUCUUCCACUUGCUUCGUGUUCAGCAUUGAUCGAAAAUUUGGAAUCAAUUGAGCAAUGGAUUCGGGAGGUGCACCGCAAGGUUGCAAAUGAGAAUGUCAAUCAUAAUAGUCAUAUAUCAAGUCCAAACCAUAGUUUGAAUAAUACAGCUUUGUUAAGUGCGAUUAGAAAUGAUGAUACGAGUACUUUUCAUAAUUUGAUAGAUGAAAUGGUAUCAGAUAUCAAAACAGAAAAUGAGGAUGAAGUUUCUGAAAACAGAAUGAUCAAUCAAGCUAAUCCUGCUGUUCAAAAGGCUUUCUCUGUAGAUAUUUAUGGUAAAAAUCCUUUGCACUAUGCUGCAAUUAAAGGAUUUGAGCGAAUAACAAGAAUCCUCUUAGAGUAUUUAAUGAGAGUUGAGCAAUUUUCAUUAGAAAUGGGUUUUAAUGACAAUGUAUGGUUUGAUGAUGAUGGGUAUACGCCAUUAUUCUAUGCAACCUUGAACAACAAUGUUGAUGUAAUUGAUUGCAUCAUAGAAAUUUGUCAAGUUAAUGAUGUGGACAAUUCCACUAAUGUGCCAAAAUUAAUGAAUUCUUCAACAUCUACCGCUACACAAACUCUACUUGCGAUAUCAUGUAAAUUUGGUCAUUAUUCGGUGGCUAAAUCAUUAUUGAAUCACCGUGCAAACCCCAAUGUACAAGAUGAAGAUGGUGAAACACCUUUGCACCUGGCGUCCAGAGGUGGUUUUACCGAUUGCUGUUUAUUAUUGAUAAGAGAGCAUGAUGCUAAUAUGGAGAUCAGGGAAAAAUAUAGUGGAUGGACACCUUUAUUUUUAGCAGUUGAAGCAUUGAUACAAUCAGGAGCCAUCCAUAAUAUUGUCGAUUAUUCUGGUUGGACUCCACAUAUGCAUGCAUUGUUUCGUGGUCAUCUUACUAUGAAGAACAUUUUACGUCCUCCUUCGGGUGAAAUCAAUAUUUCUUCUCUUUCGACCAAUCAUGAGAUAAUGGUAUCACCUCAAGAAAAUGUAUCUCGACAAGAAACCUCUGCCGAAAUGACGUAUCAAAACAUGUAUCUCAAAGAUGAUUCAUUAAUAUUUAUUACACUUGGAACAACAGAUAUUCGUAAAGAUAUUGUUCCUAUUAAAUUUAAUGAUGCAAUAAGUUUUGCAUCACCGGUUUCUAUUGUUGUUUGGGCCAUAAAUGCUACUGGAGAGAAGGUUACCAUUGACCUUCCUAUAAAGGAUAACAUCGCAAUUGACCCGAUAAUGUUUUAUGCGCAAGAGCAGGAUAUAAAUGAUGUUACAUUAAUAUUUGAUAUAAUGCCAAUUUAUGGCCCUAUGAGACAAUUGAUAGGUCGCGCAACUGCUGCAUUAUCAUCGAUAAAAACAUAUUCUGGACCGAAUCAUACUUCUCUUAUUGGAUCUGUCACAGUUCCUAUAUUAGGCUCAUUAGGGUUAGGUGUUGAUGUUGUUAUUGGCAAAAUUCAAUUUGAAUAUUUAGUCGAAAAAGAAAAUGAGGACAAUUCAGUUGAAGAAGAUUUUAACGAAGCUUAUUCAAAUGAUGAUUCAAGUAGUACACUUAGUUCAAAUUCAUCCGGAAAUCUCAAACGAUCCAAUAGUAUGAGUUCAAUUAACAAGGCGAAAUAUAGAAAAAUCGAUGAAAAUAAUAUUGGAAAGUUAAAAGGAAACGGUGCUGGUACAAUUCAAGCACCUUUCACUACAUUAGAAGAGACAUUCAAAGGAGUUCCCGUUAAUAUUGGAUUUAACAUUGAGGUAAAAUACCCAAUGGUUGUUGAGGCAGAAGAGUUUAAUCUUCAUCCAUUUUAUACAGAGUUAAAUAGUUUUUGUGAUGCAAUUCUUAAAUGCGUGUAUGAGCAUGCUCAACCAGAACGUAAAAUAAUGUUUUCAUCAUUUCAUCCGGAAACUUGCCUAAUGCUUUCAUUUAAGCAACCAAAUUGUUAUCCUGUAUUGUUCUUGUCCGAUUGUGGUAUUUACAAUAUGGCAGAUGCAAGAUGUAAUUCCUUACAAGCAGCGAUUAGGUUUGCUAAAUUUGCUGGUUUGUCAGGGAUUGUUGCUAAUUGUGACCCUAUUAUUGAGGCUCCAGGAUUGACUAAAAUAGUUAAAAAAUCCGGAUUGUUACUUUUUACUUAUGGUAGAUUAAAUAACGUUGUUGCUAACGCGCAACUACAAAAAAGAGCUGGCGUAGAUGCUGUGAUUGUGGAUUCUGUAAAACAAGUAAAACAAGGGCUUGAACAAAUUGAUAAUGAGGAUCAAAUCGAAAACAUUGUCAAUUAG